GUCCUAGAGGGGUUUCAGCCUGUCUCACCACGCUCGCUACAGCAGAUUAAACAAACGCGCGUGAUAACGUUUUGGAGAAGUUAAAAAAAAAAAAAGAAAGAAAAGAAAAUCAAUGAUUUAUGCACCACACCGUGUAGCCAACAUCGCCGAAUGGGAUUAUGGCGCAUCUAACGGACUGAUAGCAGAUACUCCUGGUGAUUCAAACUGUGGAGCUGGACCUCAUCCUGAAAAAGAACUUCUCCCUGACUUCUCACAAGGAUUAGCGUGGGACACAGAUGCAUUCUUUAGAACAGAGAAACGGGCAACUUCAGUAUACUGGAUCCCUCCCACAACCAGCUUCUCAUUCCUCCCAUAAUGCAUCAAGUUCUUGGUCUGAAAACACCAUGCAUCAGUACAUUAAUGCAAACUCAGGGGUCCAACAAUCACAGAGCGCAAAUAUUUCCUUUCUCAAUGGAGUUUCUGCUAACGGACAAAUGCCGAAUCAGCAGUGCACUGAAGGCCUUCAUCUGGAAACUAACCUUUGGAAUAAUAAUUUGAAGGGUUGUAACAGAAUGCUUUCUGGUAAUCCGACAAACACUUCUAACUCUUUUCCAUCACCAACGAGUGGACCUCAGAUUCAAACUCUGCAAUAUUCUAAUUCAAAUUAUGCUAAUCAGAGUUUAGCAAGUUAUUCCAGCCCAACUACUACAUUCCACCACUGGAAUCAAACAGCUGCAGUGAAUGAGGCGUCCACAUCAAGGAUUCAGGAUGCAUCUCAUCUCCAGCAAAACCAGUCUUCCCAUAGUUACCAUCAACCAUCAAACGGAUAUGUUACCCCAUAUGCAACAUCAGCUCCUUCACUUCCCUACCAACAGAUGGUCAAGCCAGGCUCAUUGACGUCUGCAGCCUCUGAAAAUGUCCAAACAUAUCAAGUGGCUCAUUACAACUCUGCACUACAAUCCUCAUCGAUUACACUGGUUCAGAACUUUCCCAACACAAGUGAGAAUUCUCAACAAGCAAGAACUCAACCAAACUCAUCCUUUUACAACCUUGAAGGUCCCACCAACUCCAGAAAUACAAAUGUAAACAAUCAGUAUACUCAGAACCCUUCUCCAAAAAAAUCCAUCAAACAUCCCAUAGAUUAUAAGGCACAACAGCAGCUUCCACCUUCUUAUGAAAGCCAUUGUUUCAGUAAUACAUCCAGACAAUCCAAUCAAACUAUGCAACCUGUGACCUCGGCUGGCUCUCGAAGUUGUAACUUGAGUGCUACCCAACCUCUAUCACUCCAUUCUGUGCAAACUUUACCUCAAGGUGCAAUGCCAAGAGGGCCGCUCACUGUAAAUCCUCUUCAGCAAAAUGCUUUACCGGUGGGUUUCACCAUGAACACAGCAGCAGGGGUGAAAGAGCGAGAGAAGCCAGUCGAUGUUUCACUCCCUGGCAAUAAUAUGGUCUCGAAACGUUGUCCAGCAGGAUUCCAAAAUGAGGGUCCAUCAGAGAAAAGCUCAGUGAGGAUAAAUAAGGUUGAUGCAUUCUUGAAACAGCAUCCAUAUCUAAUUAAUAUAUUAGGAUAUUCUCCAACUGUCAGACCUGCAGAAGACUCUGCUCGGCCAAUGCCAGCUCAUUCUGUUACCAGGGCUGUUGCUGUUGUGCCACCAUUGUCACAGGAGGAUGGGCAUGCCUCCUCUUACACUCCAACUUGUAAUCCUAAAAAUAUCACAGACAUUAUACCUGAAGUGGAAAAAGAGGUUGCAUUUGUAGAGGAGUCUAAUGUGGACCAAGAAGAUCCAAAUCCAGUGACAGUCAACAACACAGCGGCCAGUGAUGGUGCUGUUGUAACAAUCUCAGUCUCUGAAAGUCCUAGCUCCUCUCAAGGUUCUGAGCAGGACGGUCUUGGACCACCUACACUGAAAUGUUCAGAUAUACUACCGAGUCAAACCCGUCCUGAGGAACAAAAUGAAGUACCUACACCUCCAUCACCACCUGUCUUAGAACUUUCUUCCAUCCCAACUGUAACCUGGACAAUGGAUUCUCUAGAUAAUUUAUUGUUAGAAACGGAAAAAGCUCAAGUCAAGCCAAGAGAAGAUCCAAAGCAUUCAGUCAUAGACCAAAUACUAAACACAUUUUGGAAUUCAGACAUUGAAACAUGCCAUAAGUGCUACAAGGAGUUGAUGGAAUCAAAGCAUAUUACUUAUGUUGCUUUUGUAUGUAAACGUAUCCCAAAACACUGUGUCAUACUAUCACAAAUUCAUCCUGCUUAUAAGGAGAACCUCAAACAAUACCACGUGCUUAAAAAUGAUGAGGUGUAUUCAGAGCAGCUGUAUAAAUCGUUGUGGUUGAAUGUCAACGAUCAGUUGGAUGACAUUGACAAAGAAUUUGGCUUCCCUUGGACUUUGAUGCAGCAUCAUUAUGUGCAUGAGACUUGCAGCCAGAUAAAUACAACUGAUAAAAAUUCUGAACUACUUGCACCUGAGGUGCAGAACAAUGUUUCAUCACAGCUAGCGUCUGAAUCGGUUGAUCUAACUGAUGAUGACGAAGAAGCCUCUCCUGUUGCAUCCCCCUCAUCAGAAGAUACGUCUGACUCAAAGUACUCAUUUAAGUUGGAUGUUUUGCCUCCAGAAGAAGCCAGAGCGAUCUAUGAAAAAGUUCAAAAUCUGGUUAAUCAAAACCUUGAUUUUGAGGAUGUGAUGAAAGUGAGGGGUUCAUUGCAACCAAAGAUAUCCAACGACUUAGAUGGUGCAGCAGAAUCAAACAUGAAGAACAAACCGGAGCAAAUUCAAGUCAUUUGCUGCUUUGCAAAGUUCAUAGAAAUGCAUUCACCAGUUGCUUCAUCAUCUCUUAGAUGCACGUGCAAAGAAAAACAGAGUUGCAAUGAAAGUGUUGUCAAACCUGAUCUAGAGAACUCUUCAGAAAACACAGACAAUGAACCUAUAACACUAAGUUCCCCAGAGCACUGCUUUAAAAUCGAUAAAAUCAUUGACCUGACUAAUGUGGAUGAAGACCUCUACUCAAAUUCUGAUCAAGCAUCAGAGAUGACUGACAACAGUUGGUUGAACAUUGUCAGCUCGAGUGAUGUAGAGAAUACAGAUUUUAUCCCUGAAGAACCUGAAAGUGUUAGUGAGAAUGUAAACCUUGCAAUUGCCAUAACCCAAUCAGAAGAUGAGACUUUAAAAGGAGAGGUCAAAUCCACAGAAGCCACUCAGUCUGCUUCUUCAGCCAGUAGUUCCACACAGAAUGAACCCAUGGAACUUCACAGCAGUGAAACUGAAGAUAUUCUACAGAUGUCCGAACAUGAAGAAAACUGUGAACAAGCAGAGGAGGCAGAGUCAUGUUUAGAAAACGAAGGACAAACUCAGAUUACCAAUCCAACAUUGUCAAGCCUUCAUGUCAGAGAAAAAACAAAUGAAGAAAGACAGAAACAACAGAGCAGUCUUGACCCAUUUUCCCCAGACCUAAGUACACCAAAGAAACCAGUCAGUAUUGCCACACAGAGUGAACAUAAAGAACUUCCCAUCAGUGAAACUGAAGAUGAUCUACAGAUGUUAGACCAUGUAGAGAACUGUGAACAAGCUUCUGAGGAGGCAGAGUCAUGUUUAGAAAACGAAGGACAAACUCAGAUUACCAGUCCAACAUCGUCAAGCCUUCAUGUCAGAAAAAAAACAAAUGAAGAAAGACAGAGCAGUCUUGACCCGUUUUUACCAGACCUAAGUACACAAAGAAAAGCAAACUUCCAACUGCCUCCUCAGUCCGUAUUGCCACACCUGAACACAAGGAACUUCCCAUGUCAGACCAAGAAGAGAACUGUAUACAAAACAGCAGAGGAGGCAGAGUCAUGUUUAGAAAACGAAAGACAAACUCAGAUUACCAAUCCAGCAUCUUUCAGCCUUCGUGAAAAAGUCAGAGAAAAAACAAAUGAAGUAGGACAGAAGAGACAGAGCAGACUUGACAAGUUUUUCCCAGGCCUAAGUACACCAAAGAAACCCAAACUUCCAACUAGUCCGCUCCUGUUGGAUGUCCCUGAACCUCAGCCUGAAGCCUCAGAAAUAAAAACCAUGAGGUUGGCAUUGUUUGGCUCAAAAACAAGAAGAAAUAGUGUUUUUUCUAGAAACAAAACUUUAAUAAGUAGUUCUACAAAACUUGAACCACCAGAGAUUCUGUCUUUUAAACUGGACUCAUCGACGAAGAAACCCACACAAUCUGGUUUCACAGGAAACUACACAGUUAAACAGUAUUUAUAUCAAAAAUGGUUGAACAGUAUGCCAACUCUGAACGGUACAGUUAAAAAUGGAUGCAAAAACAAAUUGAAAAGCCAAAACGUGUCUGGAUAUACAAAGCAUUCAAAAGUGGACUCAAUAUCUGACAGGAAACAUAAGGGCUCCCUCAGUCUGAAGAAGAGGAGGAAGAGGGGGCGAUACGGUGUCACGGUGUGUCAGCCUGCAAAUCAGGAUCUGGACAAGAAGCAGGAUAGAGAUGUUUCCAUCACGCCACUCAAGGAAAACAUCGACUUGAAGUUAAAUGGCUUACAAAAUACCUUUGACUUCAAAAAUGGGUCCAACAGGGUGAUGGAGAUCCCUGGUCCUGAGUCAGUCCCCACAUGCCAAAGACAGUGGCAAGCUGAAACACACUGGACUGGCUUAUGCGAGUAAAAUCAGCCAGAAGACAGGAGCCCAGCUGCACAAACAAGCAUCCAAGCUGAGGGUCACAGAAGGGUCACAGGGACAAGAGGACAGAACUGGGCAAAAGGUCAGGAGGCUGACCCAACCUCUGGCAGGAGCGGGAAAAGAAGGACUGGAACAGAGUGAAGACAGCCCAUCGGAUCCAGAAGUCCUCUCAGGAAUGCUGAAGGGAAACUGACGCUUUGCUACACAGAUGAUUUAUGACCUGUGCCCUCAUGUAGAAUGCUGCAUGUAGUGAUCUGUGCCCUCAUGUAGAAUGCUGCAUGUAGUGAAAAUGAUACCAAAUGUCUUGUGUUGAGCUAAAAAGUGUGUAUCUGGUAAAUGACCCCAUGACCUUACUGUCAUGAGAUAAUGAUAUAUGUGACUUUUACCUUGUCUAAGCUGGCCCAGGGAGGGUAUAAAAGAGCAGCCCUGAGCAGAGCUGGGACAGAAGUUGGGGCAUACGACAGGAAGAGACAGAGCAGAGCUGGGGGAGAAGAGGUCGGCCUCCGUCCUCUGGAUAAUCUAUAGGAUUAUAAUAAAGUAAUAUUUUCAUUUUCACAGAUUGGUCACAUCUUAUUAUUGACUAACACUUUGUUUGAUUAGCUUAUUAAAAAUAGAGUUCUUUGAUUUAUUAAAGAGAGAGAGUCCUUUUCUUCAUUCUUCUCUUGAGCUGGAAAGAAAAACAGUUUAGAGCAAAUGCAUGACCUUGAGGCAGUCUCAUG